AUGGCCGCCAGUGGACCGCCUCCCCCGACCGCAAUCACUGAACGGGUCAUUAUCCCGGUAACAGGUGGCGUUGAGGACUGGAAGGAGUCCUACAAGCAGCUGCUAUUGACUCUCAAAGAGCAACCUGGUUACAUCAGAACAAGAUGGGGACCGCGCAGCGAGGACCCGCAAACUCUGGACUUGAUGAUAGGCUGGGUGUCUCCUGAGGCCAAGAACGCUUUUGUGUCGAGCGAUGCUCACGCCAAGUCCUUGGGUCAAAUGAGCCAUGUCCUCAACGGCAAGCCCUCGAGCUACACUAUCAAGUUCAAGCCCUACGCACCACGCGAGGCCAUCAACUCUCCCAUCGUGGAGAUGGUUACCAUUCGCAACUGCACCGGUAGUGAGGAUGAGCUGAAAGCCUUGAUUGAGAAAGCCUUCACCCUGCCUGGCUCUCGCGGCGGGGCCUCAGGCUUCUCCACGCAAGAGGUUGAAGGCCACGGCAAGAUCUUUGUUGGAGCCAUUGGCUGGGAGAGUCACGAAGCCAGCAAGGCGGCUGACAAGACUUCUUACAUCCCUAGUGGCUUUGGAGAUGUCGAGGUUCACCACGUCAACUACAACUUCCCUAUCAAGGGCUUCUCCGUCACCAACUCAAACUGA